GAAUUGUUGAAGUGAUUUGCACUCCAAGACGCAUCAGUCGCAACAGAUGCCUCUUUCCAGAACAUGUCAAUGCCGGCCGAGUGUUUUCAAGGGCUGAUCACGAAACAGAAUUGGCGCCACCGUUGAUCAGCAUUAAGGUGGGAAAAAGCCAAGAGGGCGGGGAACAAGCGAGUGAUCCAAGUGAGUGUCUACAACUGAAGGUACAAGGCAAAGAGACGGACAUUAAUCCGUUGUUGCUUGCUGUAUUCAGGCAGAGGUUCAAAUCGGGGUAUGGAAGCCAUUAUUUUCAUGUAAAUUUGACCAUAGCUCUCAUUUUACCUUGUUAGAUCUUCAAACAGCCUAUCGGACUGUAAUACUGCUACGCAUCGGAGAAAGUCCCAACUCCCUAGCAGUAUAUUCUCUACUUAUCUUUCGAAGUGAUAUCACAGUAACUUUAAUUUCCCACCUCUCUCUCUUAAAACAAAGACGGGGCUUUCAAGCUCACUCUGACUUUUGCAUUUAAGCUGAACGCUUAUUUCAAAUCUUAGCGCGAAGGGUUUUCUAUAGUAUGGUCAGGUGUUCUAAAUGUGUCAUUUGACUGGGAUAUUUAAACUGUUUAGAAACGAUAUGCUGUUGCUACUUUUAGCCAUUUAUUCAACCGGCUAAAAUUCACUUCCAAAAAUAAUCACAACUCAUCGUGUAGUACAACUUAUCAACCUUUGUUCUUUUCGAAAGGUUUUCUAAUUCUUUGCACAAAUUCCACGAAAACAGUGGAUACAAUGUGAGGGGAAAAAGGCUUUGGCUUGAUCUCAUAAACCUUAUGACACAUGACCAGGCAGUCAUUUCAGUUCAGUUGUAAAUUAUUACUGUUUUGCGAAUGACCGAAAUGUCGCAUUAUUUGGAUUGGUACAUAUUGGUAGGGCUUCCCUGAUCUUCCGAUUUGAAUCUUUAGCAAUAAAAAAUUCUACAACAUAGACAUUCCAUCGCAAAGAAACUGGUGCUCAGUCGCGUGCAAGUGAAAAGACUUCUUUAACAGCACUCUAUUGGCAGUGAUAAAUUAAGAAAUACAAUAUAAUAGUUUUCGUUCAGGCAAUUGCCAAGGGCUACAUGCUAGACCGAAAAAAUCCUAGUCGCGGUUAUAAACGUCUUUUCUCUCUGGAAAAUUAGUUUUUCAAAAUAUCGACAGAGAGCGUCAAAGUUAAUGUUACCUCAAAGCUGUAGAUUGACCAUUAAUCAAUUUCAUUUCUGACAAUUUCGAUUUGAUAAAAUCAGAAUCGUUCAACCAGGGGGUCUGUAAAUCAGUUUCACUCCCUGUGAAUACUCUUGUGAAUUAACGAUCUUAAAAUUAUUCAAUUAUUCUUUAUAUUUCAACUAAGUGUAUCAGUGCUUUGAGGGUGGGGCAGUAAUCCAAACUUGUUUUUAGUAAAUUACUGCUUUUGAAGUUUCCUUAUUUUUAGCAGUACAGUUUAUUUAGAGCAGUCUCAAGAAUUAUUUGAAAAUCGCACACAGUGAAUCCAUAUCGUUUUAUGUAAGAUGUAACAGUUUAUGUUCUUUAUUUGAUGACAACAUUUAAAAGAGAUAGAAGAACGGAGCUAAAAUUUCAGUUACUUGGAAGAGACAAGUUCUGAGAGUCUUGCGAAAUCUAUAGUCAUGGUUAAUGUUCAGACGUUACGAGAUUCCUCACAGACUUGCAAGUAAUUUCCUUUACUCUUGCGGGACUAAAAUAAGCCUUCCUGUUGCACCUUAAAUGGUGUUCUGGUGGUUUUUAGAUUUCUACUAAUAUCUUCCCUUCAGGGCUUCAGGGAAGGUGACCACUGCAUAAUACAUUGGCAGGAUUUUUACUUUUUGGAAAAUUUUCCCCUAUCAGCAAUAAUCUGUCUUUAACAAAAACAUCUAGAAGCCGUGAUUUGUGCGCAGUAAGAAAAAGAUUAUAAGGUUGUAAGGUGAUUAUGUCUUGAUGUAACGACACUUCACGUUGCUAGGUGAGGUAGAUGUCUGAGGGGCCCAGUAAAGUAGAGUACUGGUUGAUAUUUUUGGAUUAGACAUAAUAUUGAGACAAUACGAGCCUUUAAAGCGUAAGUGUCUGUCUCUAAGGGUCGGAUAUUGGUGGCGCUUACCUUUCACUCAAAGGAACUCAGUCGUUAGGCACAUUAUUUCAUCGAUAUUUAUUCUUCUCCGAAACCAUCAACCUUAAAAAAAAUCUUUCCUUUGCUGACAUUUUAUCUAACAUGGCGAGCUUGUGAGUAAACACCUGUUGAGACAGAGGCGUGUGAGCACUUGGGUUUAUCAAAAAUGGUUUUUAUCGAAACACUUGAUUGGUUUGUUUAUACCAAGCAUAUUUCCCAUAGCGAUUAGAAGUAAUUUAAGAAACAUAACCUCGAAAAAGGAGUUGCAAUGUUCCAUCUCUAUAAUUGUCAUGUGUCGACUUAAAAGCAUUUUUAGAGAGUGUGUUUUUCCGUGGGAGUCAUAGCAGAUUGAACACUCGAGUUGUUACGAACAAAGUUUGUGGCGCGUUGCAACGUUUAAAGGUUACAUUAUUUAAAGGUUAUGGGACUUUGAGGUUGGAAAUUUCAGUUCCAGCAACAGCACUGUCGAACAACAUUUAAGGAAAUAAUUAUUUUGAGUAAGUCAACUUUUAUCUAGUCAAGGUCGCCACUGGGAACCUCAGAUUAUGAUUAGUUAUUGUUAAGCUCUGAUUUUAACAAAACACAGGAUAUGGAUCCCAAAGGUAAAGGUAAAGGUAAAGAAAGAAAGAAGUAAAUGUUAUUUGUACCAAUUUGCCUGUGACACGCACAUAAAUUGAUCAAUUACAAAUCAUUUAGUAGGAAAUGCAAUUAACAGUCGUUGCAAUGCGACUCCGAUUUUUUGUUCGUAGAAAAGUUUCAGUCCGUCAGGUCUCUGUUGACUAGUGCCCAAAAUUUGCGAUUCGAAAACAAAACGAAAUUCGCUGUCUGAUGAUUUGAAAGUACUUCAACGACUUAUAUUUGAGUAAAAACACCGCAGUAUCAUUUAGUUCAUGGUCGACAUCUGCUGAGGCAGAUGAUUGGUGAAAAUAUUCGCUCUGUGCCUUCCUCUUUUUCAUUGAAAAUUAAGAUAGAGUUAAAAUGUAUGGCCAGUGCAUACUUGUCUUCAAAUAAAAUACACAUACACGCGUAGUAACGGAAACGUUCCGGCUCUUUAAUAGCUUUAAUAGCGACUUUCGUAGCUUUUAGUCGACUUGAUGGUCCUUUUUCCCAAGCUGCAAUCACGGGGAAACAAACGGAAAUGUUCAAUUGCUCGAGGUGAUAUGUUCAGACUUACAUCUACCAUUAUGUUACUAACUAAUAACCAUCAUUAUUAGCUUUAGUUUAAAAAAUUAUCUUCCUUUUUCGUUUGGUAUAUAUAUAUAUUUUUUCAAGUAUCAACGGAGAGGUCAUAUUUGAAGGUGUUUACUUUCUUUUUUACUGUGGAUGUUAAUCUCCCGUGCAAGCCUAACGUCUUUAGUUUGAAUGUUAAUGCCUGCUACAUUGAUGCGCCCCAGCAGACAUAUUAAAAUCCGCCUUUAAACUCAAGUCCAUACCUAGAAAAAAAGGAAGUAAGUUGAAAAGUUAUCAGAACAAAGCUCUAUGUCACCUAAAAAAAGAAUUCAUAUUACUUUUCGAAUCCGGAAGUAUAUAUUGUUUCAAUAUCCACUAGAAAAAACGUUUUCAAAUACCGUUAUACAACAUCGUCUAAGAACCAAAUUGCCUUGUUGAAAUCGAACGUUCAGAGUUAAAUUCCAGUCAUUUUUCUAGUUCUCUGAAGUGCACUGUUAAUCCCCGCAAACUUACAGUUGUCUAUGCGUCAGUGUCAUUUAGCUUUUACGUUGACACUAAACCAGUCAAAUUACAAGUUUAAAUUGUUGAUGUUUUCCGUUCAGGACAUAUGCAGAGCUGGCUAGAGCCAAUUCGAAAUAAACAAGACACUGUUGAUUCCGGAAAUCAUCAUUGCCGAAGUAACUAUUCCAUGAAUUAAUACCGAAAUCCUAAAGUUAUUUGUAAUCUUUUCAACUUAUUACUUCCGGUCCUUCACCUCGUGAAUGUAUUUAGAAAAAUUUAAUGGAUUUACAUCUGAAGGACGGGCGGAGUUACAAGAUAACCGUGGAUUUGAUGAAGAUUCGGAAUUUCGGGAAUUAAACCGAACUAUUUCAGUUCAGGUUGGGUCUGCCCCUUACCUCUACAGAAAGUUAAGCUGCCAGAAAAAAUGUAUGUCAAAAAACACAUUCACACAUGGAAUGCUAAUGCUAGCGAAAUGCUGUUGUUGUUUUUCAAUUUUUUUAAAAAAAGUUACCGACUGGCUAUAUGGUCAAAGUAGAUUUUCUCUAGCUCUAUAUCCGAUAUAAGGAGUUUUCAUCUAUAUUUUAGAAAAAUUUGAAACGGAAAAAAUCAACUGCGAAGUAACUUUUCGUGAACUUGAUACCGAGAUCUAAAAAUUAUUUGCAAUACUUUCGUUUAUUUCUUCCGGUCCGUCAACCCCUAAAUGUAUUUAAACAAAUUGGGUGGAUUUACAACUGAAUGACGGGCGGACUUACGAGAUAUUUGCGGAUUUGACCACGACUUGGAAUUUCAGGUAUUAGGACUGAAUAUUUCAGUUCGGAUUGGCCCUUGCCAGUUCCCCUCUUUUGCAAAAAUGGCAGACGAAGAUGGUUUUGACAGAAAGUUAAGUUUGGCUGGGAAAAAUGAAAAUAUAUAUUUCGAAAAAACGCUUUAAUAUUUACGUAAAGGGAUUCUAAUACAACCGAAGUAUUGCUUCUGUUUUUAAAAUUGUAAAGAAAGUUAUCCGCUAAUCAUAUAAUCAAGGUGAAUUUUAUCAAGCUCCAUAUUUGAUACAGGGAGUUUUCGUCCGUAGUUUACAUGAAAUUAGACCUGAAAAUUGAAAACUUUCUCCGAAAAGCAAAACAGUCCAGCGUUUUACUGAAAAGAGAGGGACAAAGAGGGGGUAGACUGUGAUUUUAAUCAAGCCGCUGUUUUCGAACUAAAUGCUAUUUUUAUCGGUCGUAGUUUUUAUAACCCAGAUAAUUAAAAAGCAAUAGGAAGCAUAGAUGACUAGACGCUGCGCCAGCACAAAUGAUAACAAGGGAAAGGAAUCUAGGGUCGUUUAAAAAUAGCUUUUGAUAUAUUGACUUUAAGUGAUUUGAGCUAGCUAGAAACCCAAACCAAGCUGUCCUCUGGCGUGGUUCAUCAAAGCGAUUCGUUCUCCCAAAGUUCAUUGUUUUGUGUUUUACUUUUAUCUUUUUCUAUUCUCUUCAAUCGCUUUUGUUUGUUUUAGGGUUUUUUAAUUUUAAUUCUGUUAAUACUAUUAUAUUUAAACUGGCUUUUUGACAAAAUCCAAGUGAAAUAUUCAACUUACGCAAGAAAGCUGAAGAUUUAGUGCGCUUACAGCAGUUUAAGUUUUAAGCUUUUUGAUAUAAAGUAUUUAAGACUUUUUAUUUAAGUUUCAAAACAUACAUACCUGUGAGUUAUCAGAUCGGUCGAAAAAUUUAUCUAAGAUCUCCAAGCGGAUAAACCUUAUCAUAUGUGGUCGUUCCCGUUCGGCGGAUUAGAGCUGAAAUGUUGAAAUUAGUCUCUAGUAAAAUCUUUGUUGUCGCCCAAAUCUCAAGUACAAGGACAGUUAUGACUGGAUUUUCUAAUUGCUGUUAAUUUGAUUAUAUUCAUCCAAAGCGCGAGAAAACUAAUACUUGAGUCACUCUUAUCCAGCCGAAGCGUGCCGAGGUGUGUUAGAAGUGUCGAAGGUUCACGACCGUUUCACUUCGAAGUUCGAUGAGAUUAAUAGGGCAAGUGAUUGACCAUCGAGAGUUCUGUAAUUGUCUUUUCUUAAGUCACGAAUGUUCGUUGCCACUAAUUAAACAUGAAAACCUUUUAGUAAAACUACUACUCGUUGACAUUCGCCGACAAAUUAGCAAGACUGGUGGUUAUAAAGCAGUACAGCUUUGUUCCUGCUCAUAGUUGCUAUUGUUUUCUAAUGACGCCCCAGAGUGCAACAUUGAUUGGUCACAAAUCGCUGAGUUUUGUGUGUUUUAUUCCCUUCAUAAGGUGCACUUGUGGUUGCCGAUUUUAUCCAGCGAAAACCUUACCACCAGGGGUCCAAAAAUGCCAGAGACAAGCCUGAGGGUUUCGAUAUUCGAUCAAGUUACGAAGACGACCUGAUAUUUGCUACGAUGCAGAGAAGUUUGUUCAGAUCUUUUGGUGAGUCUGAUGUGAGUCAAAUGCUUUGUCCCUCAUCAAUGAGGAACUAUUGACGCUGAUCUUACCUUACGAAUCCAGGCUUGUCGCCAACAGAUCGGCAGCUUUUGAAAUAGCUUGGAGUUCUCGCUUCGUCUAAGUAGUUGUUUUAUUGUUUUGUAUUGUCUUCUUUAACGCUUAUAACGCAAAGUCAAUUGAUGUUGUCAUACAGCGCUACGUGGUUUUCGUUGCUUACAUAGCAUUCCCUCUUUCCUUCUAGUACAUUGAUGAAUCCAAGGUUAUGAAAACUGCAUAUUUCUUUAUUUUCUUAAUUAGAGUGAUCAGCGACACCAUUCCUCCUGAGAACGUUCUCGUACCUUAGUUAAAGCUUCUCGAAAGAGAGAUGAGAUCCCACUUGUAUCCGCGUGUUUGUCUCUGGCCGAAAGUGCCUACUGUCCCACAAGUAUAUUUUACUUUGGCGAUUAUUUCGUUUCUUUGUGGAAACCUUCUGGCCUGUGGUCCUGGGCCAACCGGAAGAAAUACUCGUUCCAGGACUCCGAUGAAGUUUCGACAAAGAAUCCCUGAUGUGGAGGAGACCUCAAUACAAGCCAGUGGAGAAUAUGUUGGUCGAGUAAAGAGAAGUGAAUUGGAGGAAAAUUUUAACCCAGAUAUCGUUUUCAAAAACGACGAAAAAAAUGAAGAUGAUAGAAGAAUGACCAAGGUAACCGCUAUUGCAAUUUUGGAUUAUUUGAAAAUUAUAGGACUAAAUCCUUAAGUGAAAUCAAUCAAACGUUAUGGUUUCAGUACCCAUACAUGGAUUACUUGCUUCAUUUACGGCCAUACAUGGACAAAUUCGCCAUAUUCAGGAUGCUAUUUUCAUGCAAUUCUAACUGUCAAAUGCUAAAUGCUAACGAUAGUUAGCAUUAACCGGUCGAAAGUAAUCAUCUUUAUUGCGUCGAUCCGAAAGUGUCGAUGAUGUGUUAUUGGUCGCAAAUUUUGCACGGGUUAGAAGUCCAACUCCCAGACAUAAGACUACCGAUGAUGCGUGGAUUGAGUUCACGAAUCAAGUUUCCUAACCGAGAGUUCUGAAGUGCUGAUGUUAAGCUUUGUUUUGUUAAGUAGUGGUUAUUGCUCUGCUAUUCAUGUGUUUUUUCAAAGAACGGUAUUUCCUGUCCUAUUAGAGCUUACCUGCUUAGUGGAGCAUUUCAGAUAAUCAAAGCUUUUUCUGGGCAGUGUAUGUCGAUAGAAUUACAGCUUAUUUUUAAUAAAGAGCAUAAUAAACAAUUGCAAGCGAUAAUUCGAUUAUCAACCAAGGACACUGCAAUAAGAACAUAAUUGACUCAUCAAAAUAAUGGUUGGGGACUGCAAGAAAGCGCACGGGCUGGCUUCAGUGCUGUUAUCUUAGAAUCUAAAGAGCUCCUGGGGAAAAUAUUUGCGGUGUCCUUGUAUAGCGUCGACGACAUGCAUGUUCAUCGAUAGCACCGUAGGCUUGCUAUAAGUCAUGCACAGAUGUCAAUUUAACUAUGGUAGCUUAUGCCCUUAACACGCUUUGCUUGUUGUUUACUGUUACUUAGAAUUGCCAAGACAAACUCGCCAUUUUAGCAUCUGCCGUGAAAACAAAAUGGGGAGUAAGACUCCGAGUUAUCGAUGCUUACGAUGUAGAUAGCGGCAGAAAAAGGCACCAUGGUAAGCACUCUCUACACCAUGAAGGACGAGCUGUCGACAUAGCUACGGAGGACCUUGAUAAGAAUAAAUACCCACAGUUAGGAAGGAUGGCCAAUGAGGCUGGAUUUGAUUGGGUUUAUUAUGCAACUAGAGGCUACAUUCACGCAUCUGUUAAAACUGGUAGGUAAAGUAUACAUACGAUACUGACUCUCAUAGCUGUAUGAGCUUUUUUCGGUUUAACUCAGAUCCUGUAGGCCUAUUGCUUCCCUUCCCAGAUAGGUUAGUUGCUGGUCUUAGUUUUUUAUGGACGUGGCAUUUAUUCAUUUGAGGCCAAAUACCUGUCAUAUUCGUUAUGGUAUACAAGAAGUAAGUUAAGUGCCAAAAUACAAAUAUCAAUAAAGUAUGGUUAGGCUUUGAAACUUGAAAAGUGUUAUUCAAAGGCAAGCGGUUAUUUGUUUCAAAGUUAUUUGAAAGAGAAUUUGAAAAAUGAAUUACGUCAUUCUGAUUGACUGAUUUAAUGCUCUCUUUUUUAAAAGAAGAUGCUGAACAAGAAAGGCUGAGUUACAACUGCUUUCCUGAAACAGCUUCUGUUCACCUCGAAGGAGGACGUACAAAGACUAUGAAGGAGCUUAGAAUUGGAGACAAAGUUGCGGCCAUGGAUACAAGUGGUCGCAUAGUUUAUAGCAGAGUGGUGACAUUUCUAGACAUCAAACCCAACACUUCUGGUGAAUAUAUAUCCAUCCAGACAAGAAACCCUGCGGCUGAAGUGACAAUUACGGAAUCGCAUUUGAUCUAUCAGCUAAACAAACAUUCGCCGCUGGAGUCGGUGCGUUUUGCACGGGACUUAAGAGUCGGAGACUUUGUUUAUAUUCGAAACGGUGCUGGUUUGGAGAAAUUCACAGCUGGACGCGUGAAUGGAGUCAAACGGAGCACAGCGAAGGGGGCAUACGCACCACUCACGGAAACUGGAAACAUCGUAGUUGAUAACGUCCUCUGCUCGUGUUAUGCCGUGAUUUCCAGUCAUGAAUUAGCUCAUUGGAGUUUCGCCCCAUUGAGGUUUGCAGAUUGGCUGUUCCCGGGUAUCACUGCUCACAGUAGCUCAGGUAUGCAUUGGUAUGCAAGAAUCCUUCAUAAAAUUUACACAAGUUGGUAUGACAUUACCUCGGGAAUCUAGGUAAAACUUCCAAAAGCUAAUCCUUUCAUUAUGGCACCUGUGAUCUUGACCAAGGCGAAGUCAGUGGAUAUCGUGUGUAGAGGCUAGAAACGACUCUACGUGCCGCUUCAGUUCACAGCAAUGUGGUUUAUUCUAUGUCGACUUCAAGAGUAAUUACGUACUUGGCAGUAUCAAAAUAUCAGAAUCAGCAAAGACUGCAAGGUUUCCAAGAGGUGAAACCUCGUAAAACUGCAUAAUUCUCAGAAUUCCCAACGGGACUUAAUGAGAGUGCUGUGAUCAAUUUCUCGGCAUCAGACUUUUGUAUUCUAAAUUAUUUGAUUUUUAUUGAAUAUGACUGUUAGAUACAAUGUUAAUUAGGCUAAUUAUGGCCUGUCAUUGGCACCCCGCUGACAGCACUUACCAGUUCGCUUAUCAACUCUUUACCUUGGCGAACUUAAGCUUAAGCCCGCAGCUCAGCAGAGGAAGCUUGUAUGAUGUAUACAAAGAGCGUUUAGUUUUAUGUAAUAUUCUGCAUGUUAUGGGUAACUUAGCAAAAAUUUACCCAAGCAGUAGAAUUAACAAAAAUAUCAGAGAGGUUUGAUUCAUUGAGAAAAUUUAUUAUAUGCAAAAUAACCCUGAUGUAAAUAGAUAUUGUAUUAAGGUGCUUUGAAUUGGAGCCCUGGCCAAUGUUCGUAAGAAGCUCUUUUAUUACGGUUUACUUUUUUGGACAAUCGAUCAAGAAAACCUUUUUGUGCUCUCUGUCUGGUAGUUUGCUCGAUAGCGUAAAGUUCAUCUACUCAACACACGAAAUUCCUAAAUGAGUAAUUCCUCUUAAGGUUAGGAGAAAUGAUUAUAUAAUUUUAUUUUUUUCCUCUGAGGAACGAAUUGCAGUUAGUUGGUUUAUACAAAUACCUUUUUUAUUGUAUUUAUUACAAUCCCACUAAAACAAAACCGUAGAGUUUUAGAUGAAUUUAAACAAUUUAAAUAAGAAAAAAAAAUCAAUAUUGCAAAAGUUGAAUUAUAUGCUAGAAAUGUGAUUUGCGUCAUGUUAGUUUCGUCUCACCAUAAUCUGUCUUGAUCGUAUCUAAUGAAUUAAUGGUUUGACUAAGCUUUACAGAAAAUACUUUGUUACGAUACCGUUUGAUAUUGAUCUAAGCACUGUUUUGUUAUAAACCAUUUGCAGAUUCCUCAAAAUGGACAUUCCAUCACGGUUGAAUUUUUAUCGAAGACUCUGAUCAUCAAAACAAAUUCUUGAAUAUAGUCGCACCAUAUAUAUGGACUUGGGUUUAGAAGGUGUUGCAUUGGUUUAAAACCGGGAAAUGGGGUGGUAAACAGAUAGAUUUCCAUUCCAUUGUAAAGCACAUGACAACCAAACAAUAUUGCUGGCAAUAAACGCGAGAGAGCAUGUAACCUGCUUCCAACGGUGGAAAAUCUACUUAGUUCUUAGUUCAUUCGUGAUUGGCUGAAAAAGCAUUCCUCUUCGAUUUACAGAAUAACUAAGAGACUAUUAUGUACGUUUUUUUAACGCCAGUUUGUAGCCUUUACAAUUUGCUUCCAACUUCAAAGAAAAAUAUUUGUCAGCAAAACUAAGACCGGAGUUUUUUAAAAAAAUUCACAACUCAAAUGUGAAAUCUUAAAAGCAUUGUAAUUAUAUAGCUGUACAUUAAUAAGAUUUUGAACGCCCUAAAUAAACAACUGG